UUAGAAAAAGUGCUGGGAAUCACUGUCUCUGGAGGCAGAGGAUUGGCCUGUGAUCCUAAGAAUGGUCUCAUUGCUUAUCCAGCUGGGUGUGUUGUUGUGCUGUUUAACCCCAGGAAAAAUAAGCAGCACCAUAUUCUAAACAGCUCCAGGAAGACUAUUACAGCCCUUGCUUUUUCUCCUGAUGGAAAAUACCUGGUUACUGGUGAGAGUGGGCAUAUGCCUGCAGUCCGUAUAUGGGAUGUUGCUGAGCGGACCCAGAUGGCUGAACUUCAGGAGCAUAAAUAUGGAGUGGCAUGUGUGGCCUUCUCACCAAGCUCUAAGUACAUUGUCUCAGUGGGUUAUCAGCAUGACAUGAUAGUCAAUGUUUGGUCAUGGAAGAAAAACGUUGUUGUGGCAGCCAAUAAAGUCUCAAGCAAAGUGACAGCAGUUUCAUUCUCUGAGGAUUGCAGCUACUUUGUUACAGCUGGAAACCGGCACAUCAAAUUUUGGUACCUGGCUGACAGCAAAACCUCUAAGGUGAAUGCUACAGUCCCCUUGCUUGGGCGUUCUGGUUUGCUCGGAGAACUGAGGAACAAUUUUUUUACAGAUGUGGCAUGUGGCAGGGGUAAAAAGGCAGACAGCACCUUCUGUAUCACCUCUUCUGGUCUGCUGUGUGAAUUCAGUGACAAGAGGCUACUGGACAAGUGGGUGGAGUUGAGAACUACUGUGGCAAACUGCAUCUCUGUGAACUAUGAUUACAUCUUCUGUGGCUGUGCUGAUGGUACCGUUCGGAUUUUUAAUCCUUCAAAUCUUCACUUUGUGACCACGCUCCCUAAACCACACUUCCUAGGGACGGAUGUUGCCAGCAUUACGGAAGCCAGUCGGCUUUUCUCUAAUGUGACUGAUGCCAAGUAUCCAGACACCAUUGCCUUGACCUUUGAUCCCAAUAACCAGUGGCUGUCUUGUGUUUACAAUGAUCACAGCUUGUAUGUGUGGGAUGUCAAAGAUCCCAAGAAAGUGGGCAAGGUUUAUUCUGCAUUAUACCACUCGUCCUGUGUUUGGAACAUUGAGGUGUACCCUGAGGUAAAGGAUAGCAACCAGUCUUGCUUGCCCCCAAACUCCUUCAUCACUUGCUCCUCUGAUAAUACCAUCCGCCUGUGGAACACUGAGAGCUCAAACCUCCACGGAGCCUCUCUGCAUCGGAACAUCCUGAGCAACGAUUUGAUGAAAAUCAUCUAUGUAGAUGAAAACACUCAUGCCCUCUUGGACACGGAAUACAAUACAGCUGGAGGUGUAGAGAAGGCUGACACGCAGGCUGUAGAUACAAAAGUAGGGAUUCGUACAGUGUGUGUGAGCCCUACCGGGGAGCACCUGGCCUCAGGUGAUAGGAUAGGCACUCUCAGGAUCUAUGAACUGAAGCCCCUGAGAGAGAUGUUGAAGGUAGAAGCCCAUGAUUCUGAAAUCCUCUGCCUUGAAUAUUCCAGACCAGAGACAGGAUUGAAACUUCUGGCAUCAGCAAGUCGGGAUAGACUGAUCCAUGUCUUGGAUGCAGAGAAGGAUUAUAGCCUACAGCAGACCCUGGAUGAACAUUCAUCUUCCAUAACUGCAGUGAAGUUUGCUGCCAACGAUGGAAAGGUGAGAAUGAUCAGCUGUGGCGCUGAUAAGAGCAUCUAUUUCCGCACUGCACAGAAGACAAAUGAUGGGGUCCGCUUUACUCGUACACACCAUGUUGUUAGAAAGACCACCCUUUAUGAUAUGGAUGUGGACCCUAACUGGAAAUAUGCUGCUAUUGGAUGCCAAGACCGUAAUAUCAGGAUUUUCAACAUCAGCAGUGGGAAACAAAAAAAACUAUACAAGGGAUCCCAAAGUGAAGAUGGCACUCUAAUUAAAGUGCAAAUGGAUCCUUCUGGUCUGUAUAUUGCAACCAGUUGUUCUGACAAGAACCUCUCUAUCUUUGAUUUCUAUUCAGGCGAAUGUGUAGCCACAAUGUAUGGGCACUCAGAGAUCGUAACUGGGAUGAUGUUCAGUAAUGACUGCAAACACUUGAUUUCAGUCUCUGGGGACAGCUGUAUUUUCAUCUGGCGUCUGAGUUCUGAGAUGACCAUCAAUAUGCGUCAACGGCUGGCUGAUGUGAAACAAAGGGGAAAGCAAGCAGAGAAAGCUCAACCAGGCAAAACAGUUGGUCUCACCAGGCAUGAAUCAGUCUCUGUCCUCUCAUCUGCACCAGUGCUUUCAUCGGACAGUGAUAAGGAUGGGGAAGAUGAAGGAAACGAUGAGGAUGAGUUACUUGGGGUACAAUCCUUCCAAAUGACAACCAGUGUCGAUACUGAAAGUUGUUCAGAUCUUUCUCUUUCAAGAAGCUUAUCUCACUGGGAAAUGAGACGGGCAAAAGAAAUGGCGAUGAUCCAGGCUUCAGAAAACACCAUGAGCAAGAUGCCUCGGCAGCGGAGCCGUUGGAUCCAGCCAACGAGCAGCCUAGAGAUGACUGUUAAAUCUAUGCUUGAUCUACGCCAACUGGAGUCUUUCUCAGUCUCUUGUUCUGCUAGUCAGGAUUCUCUUUCCCAGGCCAGCAAUGGAGAUGACCACAAAGAGCAUGCCAAUGUCUCACCUUGUGCCAAGAAUGGGGGAGGCUCCACAGCUCUUCAGGAAAGUCAGCCUUGCCUUCGACCUCAAGUUAUUAGACUUGUGUCCUGUGAAGGAGGGAUUUUCUCACAGGAAAUGGAACCUUCAGAGAGUGAAGAAUGUGUCAUCUACCCAGAACAAGAUGAUCUUCCUCCCACUGAUAUCAGCAGUGAGUUCCAAGUAAAAGCUCUUCCUCAUGGAAAACUGAGCAGAGGCUACAGCAGCCGUGAGGGCCCAGAUAAGCAUAGCCCUGACAGUGCUUGUUCUGUGGAUUAUAGUAGCAGCCGACUGUCAAGCCCAAAUGAAGAUUCUGAGAGUACUGAACCUCUCAGUGUGGAUGGUACUUCAGACUUGGAUGAGCAAGUGGGAGAAGAUGAUGAGGAGGAUGUAAGCACUGGACUAUUGGAUGGAGAUGUACCCACGACUCCAGAUCAAGAAAAGUUCCUCAAGCAGCAUUUUGAGACUCUAGCCAGUAACAGUGAGAAGGACGGAUCAUGUAGGACCCUGGAAAGAAUGGAAAACAGUAUUUCUUCCCGGUUUCUAUCUCGGUUUCCAGCACUCAGGGAACUUUCACCUUCUUCAUCACAGCUAGUACUGGAUCAGAAACCUACUGAAGGGUCUGCUUUGCCAAAGCAAGUUUCCACUGAACUGCUGAAAAAUGGGUUUGACCAUCAGCACAUGCCCAUGGAGAAUGGCUUCUUUCAAAAUAAUAUUAAUUCCAUUAGGUCACUUUAUAUGCAGAAAAAGAGAAAGUCUGCUGUAGAGAUCAACAGAGGGUGUGGAAGAUCUGUUGGGCCUUUCCCAGAUAGUGAUGGAGCAGUGGUGCUGAGGAAAUCUCAAUCAGUUCAUGAUCUUGUUCAUAAUGAUAAGAUUCCUGGUGUGAUGCUGUCUGCCAGGCAGAGGCCUCAGGCACUAAUGGUAGGUGAGAAGGAGCCAAAAUCCAAUAACUGUCAGACAUUUUCUGCAACACUGUCGAAGAUGGAUAGUUCCAGCUUUUUGCAAGCCAAAGACAUUAAAGCUGCAAAACCAAAGUCUUAUAUGAGUCCUACCACUAGCUUCAUGGCCAAGGUGUCCCGUAGUGUGUCUGUGGGAGAGAAUCUGUGCUUUGGUGAUGGUUCAGAAAACCAGAAUGAAGUGAAAAUUAGCCCACAAGUAUCAGAGAAAACAGGGUUAAGUGUCUUAGAGGACAUUGAGAAGAGCAAGCCGUUUGUGAAAGACAACAGCCCAGUGAAACCUUCUCUUCAGCAAACUGCAAGCUCUUUAUCACCCCAGUCCUUUCAUAGCAAGUUGGCAUCUAAUCGAGCUCAUUUGAUCCUUGACAUCCCCAAGCCUCUACCUGAUAGACCAACAUUAGCUUCUUUUUCACCAAAGACAAAGUCAAAAACUGUGCUAGGAUCAGAAUCUCCUCAAUCACCUGGUGCUGUUGGGAAAAAAAAGCUGUCUUUUCCUGAAGGAUGGGCCUCAACAUUGGAAGGUCAAGCAUCUGGACCACUUGGCCUUGGUAAAAGUAGCCCAUUGAGUCCCUGUGCAGACGCUCUGAAAGAGAACCAAACACAAUUGAGGACCAAAGUCCAACGUGAUCCAAGAGUAACUAAUCCCAAACUAAAAGAGCUUUCAGACGAACUACAUCCAAUUUCUCCAGAAAAACGGCUACUGGAAUGCAGAGACAAAGUUGCUAUUGCUAGUUAUGUGCCAGCUAAUCAUGAGCAUUGCUCUUUUGAACAAAAUGGGCCAAGGUCUCCUACAAAUGCAGAAGGCCUUGGAGAGGAUUCAGGUUCUUCAAUCAGUGUUGAGCAAUGCAAGCAUGUGGUAUCUGAGCUCCAGGACAGUAUGCGUAAGGCCAUCCAGAUAUAUCGUAUGGUAUCUACUGACAUGAAGUCUUCAGCUGACAAAGAUGAGAUUGCUGGUCUCUUGACUGAAACUUUCUCUGAGAUGAAAAAAGAAUUGGAUUCCCUGAAAGAUGGUAAAGGACUUCAAAGGAAGAAAGAUCAAUUGAUGCAGCCAGAAGAUACAGUUGUAAUGUCAUUAGGGGAGAGUGGUGGUGGAACUUUAUCUAGUCCUCGGCACUUUGGAGAUGACCAAACUCUUGCCUUGUUGGAACAAUAUUCAGAGUUACUGCUACAAGCUGUUGAACGACGUAUGGAUAAAAAACUCUAAAUUGUGAUUUUAAAGGACAUGCUUUCAGUGGAUUGCUGACAACCAUGCAGAAAAACUGAUGGAACUUUAUCAUAGUGACAACUUGAAUGAAUACUUUGUUGUUGUUUUUUAAUUCAAUGGGCAAAUAUCUUUUCUUUUAAUAGAAACUGUUCUGUCUACAACUUUUAAAAAUGUGCUGGUCACAGUACUAAUUCCCUUGUGCCUAUCUCCUCCACUAAAAGUGUUAUGAGAAAUAUUUGGCUUAAAAACCAUUCUACCGAUUAAAGAGAGUAUGUCCCAGAGGUGGCCCAGUCUGAAACUGCUGACUUAAUUGAAUGAGAUCAAGUUGAAACUGGUUUGUCCCUCUGCAGUGUUAUCUCAAUCUAGGUAUAAACUAUUAAAACUUUUAUUUAUUAAUUUAUUUUUGUGACUAUUGUUCUGAAGUUUUUUAGCUGUGUUUUGUAGUUGUGGCUGUUUUGACAUCUUCUCCACAGUUUAUAGUGAGAGAGAUUUUGAUACAGUAAAUAUUCUUAGGGAUCAGCAGGCAGAUUACAAAACAGCUUUCUGCUGUAGGCUGCAUUGCUGAAUUCUGCUUCCUUAUUCCUUUUUAUUAUGCCAAUAUGUUUUAUUUUAAUUUUGUAUUUAGAAUAGUGCUCAUUCUGCUUCUCUUUUCUGUUUAAAGAAAAUCCUCUACUUUCAUCUAUAUUUGCUUCCAUAAAACACCUAUCCUUUGGAUCAAUCCCCAGAGAUUUGUUACAAGGUUUGUUGGUUAAAAGAAAGGCUUUUUACCUGACUAGUUCUACAUUUUGUCAGGUUUUAUGUAAAACCUGAUCUAUCAGAGUCAAACUGAUGCAGUUGAAGGAUUAUCCAAUUUUUUUUGAAGUUCUCACUAGCUGUGUUAUGUCAGUGGAGUUAGCUACUGGGGCCAUGAUAUUGGCAUUGCUCUGUUUUUGUGGAUAUAGAAAUGUAGAAAGAUUGAUGUGAUGUGGAAGGGAUAGUGGUAGAAAACAGUCACAGAAAAGACUGAUGAAAGCUUAUAAUCAACAAAUCUUCAAGGAAAGCUUCAAAUAUUCCUAACUUCCCAAAAGAGGGAUCCCUUUUAUCUGUCUAUGGCUGAAAUCUGAAAACAAUCAGGCAAAGUGUGAGUGUUCAGCAAAUGCUGAUUGCUAUGACACUACUCUAUUUCCCUUCCUCCCUUUCACUGGAACAUAAAUAAAGUUGCAUGAAAUAUUACAUUCUAUAUUUUGCCAGACUUCUCCAAUUUCAUAUUAAUUAGCUCACUGCCGUUGCUUAAAAAGAGAAGGAAAGUAAGUGCAGAUAUACAUCCUUUCAGUUAUGGUGCCCUUUAUAUUGAAUUAUUAGUCCUAACAUGUCUGGAGAUGAAAAAGAAACCAUUUUAAAAAGAUGAAGUUAUAAAACUUUAAUACCACUCUCUCAGGUUUGACAAUAGCAGUGUUCCUUACUGGUGAUCUGAUCAUUUUAAUAAAUAGCAUCCCUGUUAUAGCCUGGCCUUCCUCUCUGCCCUCUAGAUUGGUUGAGAAUUCCUAGCCAAAGCUAGGAAUUCUGAAGAUUGUAUUCACAGCCGAUCUGGAGGGGACCAUGGGGGAAUAGGCUGAUUUAGGUAUUUCUGAGUGGCUUUUCCACUUGCACUUUUUAAACUGUCACGUGAACAUCUGUCUUCACUGCUCCACAGGGGCUGGCAACCUGCAGUACAGCUUUUUUAUCUGAAUCUCAUUGGCUUUCAUUCAGCAGCACUGCAGUGCUAAGAGACCUGCAGAGCUGUUCCCAUUUUGGCUGGCCAUUGAACUCCAAGGCUGGGGACUUGGAGUAGUUUUAGUGCUAUUUAAUAUGUUAUUUCUGGAUUUAUUUGUUUGGAUAAUUCUCUGAAUAGAUUUGAAUGAUAGUUGGUACACUUGAAUGAUGGGUCAAGGGUGAGAUACAAGCAAGAGUGUCUUAUUACUAAGGAUAGACUGCUGGAAUAUACUCUUAAUUUAAGUGAAAACUAAGGUGGUUUUUUCUACAUUCGCAUGUUGGGAAAUGUCUUAAUAGCCAAAAUGUCUUCUUCCCUGUUUACAUCUAGACUGUAAAAAGUGUUCAAUGCUCAGAAAUCUUUCCUGUCCUGGGGCACGUACACUCAGGUAAAGGAGUCAUUCUUCCAGAUAUCUUGUGGCAUGAACAAUGGGGAGAUGAAAGUGUCUAUUCAACCUUGAGAGGUGUCAAAUGUCUUCGAGAACAGAAUCAACUUGAUGAUAGCUUAUACCUCAAUCAUUACCACAUAAUGAUUAAACAGGGACUGUCUUGGGUAAAAGGUCACAUCAAAGCCCCUGUUAAUAUCAAAGCGAAGUUUCCACUGGAUAAGUUUCACUGCAUUAUUCUUAGAUCAGGCACUAUUUAUUUUCAUAGAUAGAGAUAGGAAAAUAAUACAGAUGGGGACUUGGAAGUGAACUAGAAUUGUAGUUUUGUGGGGUCUUGAGUAAGUAGAUAUUUGAGGAGGAAUGGAUAGGCCUGUAGUUUCUAAUAUUACAUUGAAAGGCAUGAUCAAGGCUUCUAGAAAAGUAGUAGUAGGACUAAGAAUCAGUUGAUUCAGUGAGCAAAAUAGAAAUGAAAUAGUUUUGGAAUGGAAAAGAGACAUUGUAAGUAGAGAUAGUGGUUAAGCAGCAAUGUAAAUGAAUUUGUAAUUAAAAAUCGAGGAGAUUCAUUUGCCUGUUCAAGUGCCCUUUAUUUUCCCACUGAUAUGUAUGAUUUGGGAGGCUUUGGGAAUGAAUAUUCUCAGCCAAAAAGAUUUCUCAAAGCCAUUUGAGCUCCAUGAGACUCUGACCUCCCUUAUUUUCUACUUGUGGCCAAGAAGAACCAGGAGAAAAGCCUAUGUUUUCUCCAUGGAAAAUACUUGAUGUAAAAUGUGCUUUCUAGUCAUUGGCAGCACCAUAUAGUGAUUCAAAUAUAGACUUUGGAGCAUCGAUUUUUUAAAAAGUAAGAUUAUAAGAUUUUGUGACAGUAAAAUGUCAGCUAGCAUACUUUUUGUUCUCAACUGCAUGCAGUUUUUCUGGUGUUACUAUUGAUGUCCACUAGCCCUUUAGGGAAACUUCAACAAAGUUUCUUAGGGGGAGGAGAAAUAUAAACACAGUAUUUGAAUCUGUUCUAUUUCUACUGUUUUUUAAUGUAUGCAUGCAAUUUCUAUAUAUUAAAAAAUCAAGGAAAGACUGUAAAAGAUCCAUCUCUGAAGUCAUAUUUGCAUAUUGUUUCUGCAUUUUCUGAAAUGUUUCUUAGUGUGAUUUAAAGUUUCUUAUACUGUUUCCCUUUUCAAAGACAGCCUUUAUAAAACAAAUACUGUGCAUGCAAAUGAGACAAAAUGGCCUAUCCUGUUUCUAUAGAAACAUGGGAAAACUUUCAAAGGCUGAAAUAUGUACACACCAGUUAUAGAUAUAUGUAUCUGGUGCUUCUACAUAUGAAUGUCCUGUUAUUUACCUCUACUUAUUUGUUUUCUUUUUGUAUUAAAUGUCUUUUUGAUAUUGGGGCUUAUUAGCUUCUCCUUUCACUCCAGUGAUUCAGAACACAUUCUUUCCAAAGAAAUAACCAACCAACGUUGAGGGCAGUGUUUGAAAACUUUAUAAACAACAUUAUCAUGUAUGUGCACUCAGCCACCGGACCUACAGAAUCCAAUAUUAAAAAUAUUACAGACUCAGAAUGCAGAGCAGCUACUGUAUGGCCCUUCAGGUACUGCUGACUAAAUUGUUGUUUCUCUAGAUUAAAAAAUAGAUUAUCCUGUAUUAUUUGUAAAUAAUAAGCUGAAGCCGGGCUGCUUAUAUAUUGGGCUAACCUGCUGUAAAUGAGGAAUAAGCCAUGUCUACACAGCAUGUCUUUUAAGCCUAGGGCACAGACAGAUUUUAUCUGUUCUUUCAACACUCCCUUUUUAUUCUACACUUGUUUAAAAGGAGAAAACAACCCUAAACCUUGCUUAUUUAUAAAUGGUGUUUUGUAUCUUGGCUUUAAGGGAAAAUGAACCUUUUAAAAUGUCCUUUUCUAAUUAUUUGAAAAUUGUUUUAAUGGUUGUGGGGGGUUUGCACUGUGAACUACUUUGGGGGAGUAUUUUUAAUUCUGCAUUCAUUUGUAUUCAAUGUCUAAAUUUCAAUAAAACAAAUUUAUUGUUACAAAUUUA